GUCUGUACGGAGGUGUUACACAAGAGGGCUGCAAUCAAUCUAGUCGGACUUCGACCCCACCAACAGCGGGAAGACGAAGGGCUUCACGACCUUCUCGUAGACGACGCCCGCGCCCUUCGUCGUCGGCGAGAAGAGCCAGACCAGCAGGACGAGCUUGAGGUAGAAGUAGAAGGGCAGGAAGCCGAGGAUGAAGUCCAGGGGAUUCAUCACGACCUUCAGCAGCGAGAAGAGGCACCAGUACGUGAUCCACAUGGCCGCGUCUUCCGUCUUGUCCUCGGCGAGCAUCUUGAGCGACGCGUAGGUCGGGUAGCCCACGCCCACCGCCGAAAAGACGAGCUGCGGCGGGCAGAGGAAGAAGACGAGGAAGAGGCCGAACAAGGCGCCGCCGCCGGCGAGCAGCGAUUUCGGCUGGCCCGUCGUCUUCUCGAUCUCCUCGAGCUUCUUGCGCGCGGGCUCGGGGAGCUUGACGAGGACCUCGUCGAUCUUGCCCUUGAUGGCUGCGUUUGGGUGUGUGUUGGCGCGCGUGUGCGUGCGGUCUCUCGGGCGGGUCGCACUCUCGCCGUCGGGCGGGUCUCGCGCGACGGCGGCUCGGUCCCUGCUUUUUUUCGGCGGAUUCCGCGCGCGGCGCCCGAUCGGCUGGAAGGGACCUUCUUUCGUAAAACGCCGGGGCUCACUUUCAAUGUCCAUGGCUGUCGUUGAUUUCUCGAGCGCUGCGCGGGGGAGGGACGCGUUAGUGCGCCAAAACCGGCGGCCCUGUCAUAAUCUUCCAAACGCUAAAGCGUGGGCGGCGGCUCUUCCGCGCGGCGGAGCUUUCGCGGGGCUGAAGGUGCAGCGCAGCGCUGCGCCUUGCGCGUGUUGCGCUCGCCUCAGGACACGGUGGGCGCGCGGUAGAGUGGUCAAAAUAGCGGAGACAACGGGAGCUUAAAAAUGCUAAAUAUUGUGCGCCGCUAAAUCUGCAUUUUUUGCACGC